UUGUCCCACAAAGUUGAUCAUCAGCACCAAAGCCAUUUUGCAAUUGCUAAGAGUUUGCGCACAUGGCCACAUUUGUUGUGUCCCCCGUCGAAGCCAACACGUAUGAAUACCGCGAGUGGGAGAAACCCCAGGGGAAGGAAGGCCAUGCUGUGACUUCGCGCAAAGAAUACAAGGAAGAAGGCUGCGGGGAGAUCCUGCAGUCGUCGCCCAACAUCCACGGCGCCUCGUUGAUUCCGUCCGCCAACGGGUUCGUGUUGGGCGCUGUCCGUGCUUACAACGAGCACCACCACCUCGUGUUGCGUCCUGACGAUGUCUGGCUCGCCAUCAUGACGCAAUUCGGCCUGUUUGUGAACGGGAAUGCCGAGGCGGUGCGGCACAGUUUGGUCAAACACCAAGAAGGCACGAAGGAACUGGUUGUGCGGGCCGUGGGCUCGUUGCACACAGCCAACUACGGUCGUCUCGCGACGCAUUUAAUCUUGAAGAUGAAGGAACACCUCGUGGAUCCAUCGCUGGGCGAGUGGGUACUGCCUGCGUUCACGACCACGACAGACCACGACCGCAUCGUGGGCAGUGUGGUCAUGAUGGCUUCCAUGAAGAAGUACUUUACGUACAAGAUGAUGCUCAUGUGUGGCCUGCCCAGCGUGACCUUGCUUGGAACUGCGGCCGAUUGGGAAGCCAUUCGCUGUCGAGUGGACAAGCUGGCCACCUUUGGCGACGUCACAACCAAGUGGCACGCGUUGCUGGCCCCUGUGCUGGACCAGUUCGUGGCGGCAGCCCAGAACAAGCCAGACGUGGCAUUUUGGCAGCGCAUUUGCCACACGGAGGGUGGCGGCGGGUCAGGCCCGAGCUUCCUGAGCGGGUGGAUCACGGUGUUUUCCGUGUUUGACGUCGACGGCAAGUGGCAAGGGGACGAGCGCGUGAUUCGGUCGUGGGGCGAAGAAACGACCUGUGAGUUUCCAGUCGUGGACCUUGAUGACGUGGCGCCAGGAUACCUCACAGUGGACGUGACGAUCGACGACAACGGCGUCGAGCACAAGAGCGUCAUGUUUGCAGGGCAGAUGUCGUACACAGUGGUGGAGGGCAAUUCGAUCCAGCCGACUUUGUCGUGGGCGAUGGCGCUCAAGGAAUCCAAGCAGUAAAAGUUUGCGACUUGGGUAAUGAAUAGUCAGCCGACGCUGUGGACUGGGUCUCAUAACAAUAAUACAAGUACUGUAUGUACUACAUUGCGGCAGGAUGUCCAUUGGAAAUCUUGCCAGCAUCGUGGACAUCCAGCUUAGUUAUAGGUUGAAUGCAGCAAGUGUAUACUUCGGCUGAACGUAG